AUGGCUGAUAACAUUGUUUCGCUAAAGGCAGCGCGUGGAGCACUUAAAGGUCAGCUCACAAGAACGUUAAAUAUACUCAAAACAACACCGGAGAGUUUAGACGCUAAUCAGCUGUCGGUGAGAGUAGAGAGAGCUGAAGGAGUAUUGUGUGAAUUUAACAAGAUUCAAUUAGAGAUAGAAAUUGCACUCCCAGAAGAGGAUAACGAAAAAUAUCGUUCUGAUUUCGAAGAUCUGUAUUAUGAGACGAUAGCUGAGUGCAGAAAUAUUAUUAAUAAGCUAAAUAAAAAUGUAACUACGGAUAAUAUGGAGAUUAGAGUUUCUGAUAUCAAUCUAAAUAGUUCUAGUCCGAGUAACUUAUCGGGUGUUUCAAACGGCAACAACAAUGGAAUUUAUUCGUUUGCAAAACUAGCUCCGAUAAAUUUACCACAAUUUUCGGGCGAGUACUCAGAAUGGGCAGCGUUCCAUGACAUGUACAUAGCGCUUAUACAUUCAAAUUCAGCUCUUUCAAAAGUACAAAAAUUCUUUUAUUUAAAAUCGUCAUUAAACGGUAUAGCAGCUAAUGUGGUGAAAUCAGUCGAAUUAACUGAGGUCAAUUACGACUAUGCGUGGUCAGCCUUAAUAAAUAGAUAUAACAAUAAAAAAAUGCUCGUUCAAGCCCAUACGAAGGCGCUGUAUGACAUUCAACCAAUAACGAAAGAAUCUUCGUCUAAAUUAAGAUGUUUAAUAGAUAAAAUUAUUAAUAACAUGAAUGCUUUAGAGACCCUCGGGCAAGACCCUAAAGCUUGGGGUUCUUUACUCGUGCAUUUGAUAACGUCUAAGUUAGAUCAAAAAACUUUAAAGGAGUGGGAAACUGAGGCGCCGAAAACAGUGGUACCCUCCGUAUCAACAUUAAUGGAUUUCUUGGAAACUAGAUUUAAAAUACUUGAGGCUGUAGAAAGUUCGUGCAGUUCAAAUGACAAGUCUGAGAAAAGAUCCUACGAAAAUUAUGGAAAAGGAAAGGCGCAAGAAAAAAAAUGGCAAAAUAAAACAGUUAUGCACGUAGCGACAACGAAAUUUAAAUGUUACGUGUGUAAUGAAGGUCAUCCGAUAUACAGAUGUACUAAAUUUUUGUCGUUAUCGGCGAACGAACGAAAAGAGCAAACAAUCAAAUUAAAUUUAUGUGAAAACUGUUUAACACGGCAUACGAGUCCGUGUAAAGCGAAAGGUUGCCGUAUAUGCAAUGAUAAACACAAUACAUUACUACACCAAGAUAAGGAAACAGUUCAUAAUUCUGCUACUGCAUUGCACUCGUCAGGUCGUUACGAAAAUCAAGUAUUAUUAUCUACAGCUAUUGUAAAGAUAAAAGAUAGAGCAAACAAAACAUGGUACGUGCGAGCGUUAUUAGACUCAGGGUCGCAAAGUAAUUUUAUUACAACUGAUUUAGCGAACGGUUUGGGUCUAUCUAAGCGCAAAGUCAAGGUAACCAUAGAGGGUGUAAAUAAAUCAAUCACACAGUCUCAAUAUUCAAUAGUAGCCACUAUAGAGGCUAACUGCACCAGUUACAAUAAAACAAUUGAGUUAUUAACUUUGCCAAAAAUAACCACUUUACUUCCAAGUGAAAACAUUAAUGUGAUCCAGGAAGAAUUGCCAGACAAUAUUAAACUUGCUGAUCCAUCAUAUGCUGUGCCUGGCAAAAUAGAUAUUUUAAUUGGAGCUGCAUGUUUCUAUGAAAUAUUGUUACCCGGUAAAUACACCACUAAUAAUAGCAGUAUUAUUUAUCAAGAAACUGAACUUGGGUGGAUAGUAGCGGGAUCAUUAUGCAAAUUAUCUACACCAAUUACAAAUUCAUUUUUUGCUCAGUCGUUAUCAAUCGAGGAUAAAAUAGACAAGCAAUUAACCAAAUUUUGGGAAAUCGAAGAAAUAGGUGAUAAAAGAUCGUUAAGCGAAGAAGAAAAAUUAUGUGUUGAUCAUUUUAAUCGGACAGUAAGAAGAAAUGAAGCGGACGGUCGUUUCAUAAUUGAAUUGCCUUUCCGAGAAAAAAGCAUUCAGCUAGGUUGCUCCCGAGGAACGGCUUUUCGUCGUUUUUUGUCGACUGAAAAACGUCUAACUAACAAUGCAGACUUAAAAAAGAGGUACGUGGAAUUUAUGAAUGAAUAUGAGCAGUUAAAUCAUAUGUCCAUAAUUAGUUCUGAUCAGGAUAAAAUUGAAGAAAAGAAUUCCUAUUUUAUGCCUCACCAUGCUAUAUUGCGAGACGAUAAAUGCACAACAAAAACACGUAUCGUGUUUGAUGCAUCCUGCAUAACCACUAAUGGUAAAAGCUUAAAUGAUAUUUUGUUAAAAGGACCGGUGAUACAGGACGAUUUGAUGUGCAUUUUGGCGCGGUUUCGAACUUAUAAGUACGCGUUUUCNUUAGCUCCGAUGCAAAGCUGA